AUGGAGUUGGGAAAUGGCACCAGGGUGAGAGAAUUUAUAUUUCUGGGACUUACUCAGUCCCACGACCUGAGUUUGGUCUUAUUUCUUUUUCUGUGUCUUGUGUACAUAUCAACUCUGCUGGGAAACUUCCUCAUCAUGGUCACCGUGACCUGUGAGUCUCGCCUUCACACCCCCAUGUACUUUCUGCUCCGCAAUCUUGCCAUCCUUGACAUCUGCUUCUCCUCCAUCACUGCUCCGAAGGUCCUAGUAGACCUUCUGUCGAAGAUAAAGACCAUAUCCUAUGCAAGCUGCAUGACCCAGAUGUUUUUCUUUCACCUCCUCGGUGGAGCAGACGUUUUCUCUCUGUCGGUGAUGGCCUUUGAUCGCUACAUAGCCAUCUCCAAGCCCCUGCACUAUCUGACCAUCAUGAGAAGGGGGCGUUGCACUGCCCUCAUUGCAGCCUCCUGGGCCGGGGGCUUUGUCCACUCCAUCAUCCAGAUUUCCCUGUUGCUCCCACUCCCCUUCUGUGGACCCAAUGUUCUUGACACAUUCUACUGCGAUGUGUCCCAGGUCCUAAACCUCGCCUGCACAGAGACCUUUGCCCUUGAGCUUCUGAUGAUCUCCAACAAUGGCUUAGUCGCUACCAUGUGGUUUUUCUUCCUCCUGGUAUCCUACACGGUCAUCCUGAUGAUGCUGAGGUCUCAGGCAGGGGAGGGCAGGAGGAAAGCCAUCUCCACCUGCACGGCCCACAUCACUGUGGUGACUCUGCAUUUUGUGCCCUGCAUCUAUGUCUAUGCCCGGCCCUUCACUGCCCUCCCCACAGAUAAGGCCAUUGGUGUCACCUUCACUGUCAUCUCCCCUCUGCUGAACCCCUUGAUCUACACUCUGAGGAACCAGGAAAUGAAGUCAGCCAUGAGAAGACUGAAGAGGAGACUGGUGCUUUUCUGUGGUGGAAGAGAGUAA